UCUCACACUAUUCAUUCUCAUGCUAUUCACUAGUUUGUUUAAUUUUUUGGAUUCUGUUUUUGUCUUACCUGCUUUCUGGAACCUCUCUUCACCGGACUCGAACCCCGUCUUCGUGGUCAACUCUUCUCUGCGUCUCAAGUCUGCCGAUGUACAUGGCGCGCUAACGGGACAAACUGUUUGCAGCCGGAAUGCCGUCCAUAUGGAGGACCAAUCACUUCACUGGAUGUCCUUUUAUGAUCAUCCACAGUAGUCAGCUGCACGGACAGUUGGAUCCCCAGUUCAGGAGGUUGAGUUAAAGUCAUAAGACGCUGGGAUGUCUGCUAUGAGGACAGAAGAUGCUGCCAAUGGAACAAGCACAGCUAAUGGAGGAGGAGGAGUCAAGUGCGAAGAGGGCGGAGUCACAGUCCUCAGGCCGACAGAUCUGUCAGAGAUGCUGGCGGCGGGAACAAAAGAAGUGCACCAGAAGGCCGAAAACACAGAGUUCGUCAAAGACUUUCUGAGGGGACGCAUCCGCAAAGAGCUCUUCAAGCUGGGUCACGUGGCUUUAUACUUCACCUACUCUGCUCUAGAAGAGGAGAUUGAGAGGAAUAAAGAUCACCCUCAGUUUGCUCCGCUCUUCUUCCCCCAUGAGCUGCACCGGCGGGACGCUCUAGCUCGAGACCUGCAGUUUUUCUAUGGCUCAGACUGGCAGACCCAAAUCAGCAUUUCUCCCGCCACGCAGCGAUACGUUGAGCGCAUCCAUCAGAUUGGCCAGGAUGAGCCGGCGCUGCUGGUGGCCCACGCUUACACCCGAUACAUGGGCGACCUGUCGGGGGGGCAGGUGCUCCGGAAAGUUGCCCAGCGUGCCCUGAAGCUGCCCGCCAGCGGAGAUGGACUCAACUUCUACAUGUUCGAUAACGUCAGCAACGCCAAAGCCUUCAAACAACUGUACCGCAGUCGCAUGAACGAGCUGGAGCUGCAGCAGGACACCAAACACAAGAUCGUGGAGGAGGCUGUGCUGGCGUUCCAGUUCAACAUAGAGAUUUUUGGAGAAAUAGGUGAGGUUGGAAAGACUCUUGAAGACGAUGUUUUUGAUGCCGCUCCUGUUCACGGCGAGAUACAUGGAGACAUCAGUCAGUGUCCGUAUCAUGCUGCUAAAAUGGCUGCCAGUGGCGGGUCAUCUUACAUUUGUCAGAUAGCCAAGACUGUGCUUAAAAAUCCCUCCGGUCAAGUCCUAUUGGCUGCCUGGAUCGCUGCUCUCGCCGGAUUGGCUGCUUGGUACCUCAUGUGACCUCCUUGUGACCCAAUAGGAGAAGAACGGGGUCAGACAAUAGACAGGAACAAACUUCUGUUCUGCUUAAAAUUCCAACACAUUUCCCUCGUAGUACAAACCGUUUGCCCCCGUUAUUUUUGGGUAAAUGUGAUUGAUUAUAAUCCAACGUAGAAUGUUUAAAUGCAGGAUAGCGUAGUUUAGUAUGUUGUGGGAGUUUUACGAAUUGGACCUGUCAGUGUUGAUGAAGUAAAGAUGGACAUGUAGUACUUAAUUAAUAGUUUUACCACAGUAUCGGCAGUCUUUUGGGUCCAAACAUACUCUGCACAAGUACACAAAAUCAGGCAUCAUUACAUGUCAUGGCAACUAUGUGUUCUACUCUCUAUUGUCAGUAUAAAGGGCACUAGAGUAGGUGUUACUGCCAAUUUUAGUAUUUUACAGCCAGUUUCUUAGCCAUGUAAAGGAAAGUAGGGUUGCCAGAUAUAAAUUUCAUUAUUCCGUACUGAUAGCAGUGAAAUUACACUGUUCUCAGUACCAAAGCAGGACUCAAAAACCAUACUAUUUUAAUAUUAACAAAGUUGAGCAACAUUUAAACAGUUAAAGGUCAUCUAAGACUUAUUUAUUCAUUUAUUUUUCAUCAUGUUUAACGCAUGGAUAAAAACCUUAGCUACACAUUAAUCACAAUUGUUUAUAAAACGAGAGAGGGAGAGCAUAAAUCACAUUUAAGUAGUCAGAAAGUGAAAUCUUGACCAUAAUAUAAGGAAAACAAUGUUAAAAUAAGUAGCGUUGUGUACAGUUAUUGUACAAAAACAUAAUUUUGUCAUAAUCGAGACGUAGUCAACAUUUUAAGUGGAUCAAACAUGUUUUCGAAGUUAAACUAUUGAACAACACCAAUUCUCGUCUUGGGACAAUUAAAAGAAAAGAAGAUUCACAAUCCUACUGUAUACAUAUGUGGUCUAAUAAGACAAGGUUAUUUGAAACUACUUCACUCGUAUAGCAUACAAUUGUAGUUUUGUGAAGUUUUUAUGAAGAGAGCGCAAAUACACACCUUUUGCUUUCACAUAGAACCAGGCUGACAGGGUCCCUUUUUUUACUACUGGCACUUCAGAAAAUCUCGUACUGUAUUGUUUUAGUUGUUUUUUAUAAUUUGUUUUAUUAUUUUUAGUACUGACUUUAGUUCUUUUGACAACACUAAUGGAGAGUCUUUAAGAUUUUGGAUCCACACAGUAGAUAUGCAGCUCCUCUUUUAUAGAUGUCUGAACACAUUCAACCUCUUCUACAUUAGUAAAAGCAACCAAUCAAAUUUAUUUCCCUACAUAACCUACAGCGCAUGUCUUUGGACUAUGAGGGAAAACCGGAGCACUUGGAGGAAACCCACGCCAACACGGGGAGAACAUGCAAACUUCAGAAACACCAAUUGGUCCAGCUGGGACUUGAACCAGCGACCUUCUUGCUGUGAGGUGACAGUGCUAACCACUGUGUCCCCGUGCCACCUGUAUAUCCUUUUCACUCCAAAAUAAUAAUAAUUAAAAGUAGCUUUUUCUUAACAUGAGAACCAAUUUGAAAUAUGUGCACACCCUCAAUACCAGGUGUAAUCUGGGCCUAAGAGAUAUUGGACCCUGUGAGAUUUGUGAAAUUUCACUGCGGUGACUGCACCUAAUGCAUGCACUACUGCAGUGUUUCCCAACCCUGUUCCUGGAGGCACACCAACAGUACAUAUUUUGGAUGUCUCCCUUUUCUGACCCAUUAACUUCAGGUGUCGGAGUCUCUUCUGAUGUUAUGAUAAGUUGAUUCAGGUGUGUUUGAUUAGGGAGAGGUUGACAAUGUGUACUGUUGGUGUGCCUUCAGGAACAGGGUUGGGAACCACUGCACUACUGGACAAGGCACUUGUGAAACAUUUGUGUAUUUGCGUAGAGUAUGGUCAAUAUGGAAAUUACAUUAUAACAUGGGCCCAUAUUUCAAACAGACUUAAAUGUACCCAGUAAGCAGUUUUUGUGUUUAAAAGUAAUCUGAAAGACGUUGAAAUUACAACAAGGCUAAAUUAAAUCAGUGAGCAUCUAACAGGGUUCAUACCGUCAUGGAACCCCUGGAAAAAGUCGUGGAUUUUUGACAUGGCAUUUUCCAGGCCUGGAAAAAUGGAAAAACACACAAAGUUUUGGAAAAGUCAUGGAAAACAGAUAUCUGUAUACUUUAAUAUAGGAUAUUUACUUCUUUUCUGUCUUUGGCCAAUCAUACUCUCACGUUGUUAGUGCUGUGUAAGCAUUAUCUAAAUCAAUUUUACAUGGAUAUGAAUAUAAAUUGAAACUAAAUAGAUUGUUGCGUGUUUUACGAUAUGCUGUAAUAAAUAUGAACAUGCAUUGUUUUUCUUUUACCAUGCAUAUGUAGACAUUGCAUGAAACAUUAGGUCAUAAAAAUUCACCUGAAAAUCUUGGAAAAAUCAUGGAAUUUUAGUAGUAAAAAUGUGUAUGAACCCUGAUCUAAUAGACGUCUAACAAUAGUCCAAAAAUAGACUGAUCAGCAAAUGCACUGUAAAAAUGCUGGGUUCUGCACAAUUCCUUCAUGUUGUCCCAACACAAAUCUAUUAAGUUGAUUAAACAUAAAAAAAAUUAAGUUUUCCCCCCAAAAAACUCAAUAAUUGUGUUGAUUUAGCUCAUUUUAACUAAGUAGUUUGAACAAGCAGCCAAAAUAAUUUUUUGAGGGUGUCUAAUAUGUCUUAUUUUUGUACUAUUGUUUGACAUCUAUUAAAUUUAGCCUUGUUUUAGCUAGGACGUCUAUGUUUGGAUGUCUUUUAACCACACUAAAAAGGCUUUCUAAGCAAUAUCCUAUGCAUACAUGUAGAUAAUACAUGGAAAAACAGGACUUCUGUAAGCCAGACUACUGAAAACAUCCACAUAAAAAUAUGACUUGCACAACGAUUAUUGAAGAAAAGGUGUUUUGAGGAGGUUUGGAAUGUAAAAGAUUAAAAUAUUGCACAUGGAGGAUGUAUUUCUUCAUAUGUUACAAACUCCACAUUCAGGGUUAUUCCAUACAGACGGUUAAAGCACAAUAAUUUUUACAAUUUCUUUACAUCUCUGAGCCAGAAUUAACUACGGUUUUCUCUAGCGGUUGACUGAAAUAGUCUUUCAGUGGCCAAGUGAAGAUGAUAAAUCAGUGCAUAUCUCAACGGUUGCCAGAUAUGUUAUUAUUCCAAUGCAAUUUAAACAAGGGAACAGUAAUAAACUAGUGUGAUGUAUUUGUACAAGCUAGAAUUUACAUGACUUAUUUUCUCUCCUCUAAUGGUUUUAAUUUGAUCUGGCUUAUUAACAUUUUAUUGAUGCAAUAAUUUCUUGAAACGUGUUUUUUUUCAUGCAUAUUAAACGGUUCAUUAUUCUAACACCAUAGCAUGUGCGGUGGUCACAUGUGCACUGUGACGUGAUGCAUUUGAAAAGGAUUAUGGGGGUUUGUGUAUCUGUCCUCAUUCACUGAGGGUUUGGUUUGUUGACUAAAGGUAUUUUUGAGGCAAAAAUGAUUUAGUUUUAUAGAAGAACUAACUCAAUCGGGUCAUCGUUAUGCUGAUGAAUAGUGUUCUUAAAGAGUGUUUCAUGUAAUACCAAAUUCUGAAGGUCUAUAUAUAUGAAUUUUGACUUUUUGAACCAAAGCAAAUGUUAUUAAUCGGAUUAUUAAAACAUUUCGCCAUGUUCGUGAAGUAUUUUGCAUAAAUAGUUGUGUUUGAGCUUUAUGCACCUUUUGUUUUUAGUUGCUGACAUAUUGGGAGCAUUGAGAGGAAUGGAGUGGUGUAGAUGUGCUGGAUGGCUUUUCAGUUUUUUUUUUAAUCAUUUUAUGGUUUAGAACAGGGGUCACCAAUCUCAAUCCUGGAGGGCCGGUGUCCCCCCAGGGUUUAGCUCCAACUUGCCUCAACACACCUGCCUGGGUGUUUCAAGUAUACCUAGUAAGAUGUUGAUUAGCUUGUUCAGGUGUGUUUGAUUAGGGUUGGAACUAAAAUCUGCAGGACACCGGCCCUCCAGGAACAAGUUUGGUGACCACUGGUUUAGAACAACAGCAUUUAUGAAUAUUUCUAUCCAAUUUUGGGUAUAAUGUGAAGCUGUUGGGUUUAAAAAUAAAUGCAAUAAAAUUGUUGGGUUUGUCAAUAUUUAACUCUCAUUUGGAUAGAAACAACCCAGCGUAUUUUAGAGUGAAAAGGUUUUGCUUUGUUACAAAAUAUUCCUUUUUCAGUUUGUUGAAAUUGUUCCAUCCAACUCUAGUUGCUGUAAAGACUAAUAAAUUCACAACUGUGCAGCACUCA